UGCAAAAGUGCUAGUUCAUACCGAUGUCUUUAUUUGCCCUUCGAUGCCACUAGAUCCUGAUGCUACUUUCGAUGCUACUAUAAUUUUCUGAUGCAACUACAAACUAUUGAUGCUACUACAACCUUCCGAUGCAACUGCCAACCUUUUGGUGCUACUGUAAUCUUUCGAUGCUACUAAAAUCUUUCAAUGCUACUACAAACUUCCGAUGCUACUACAAACUUCCGAUGCUACUACACACCCCAAUGCGAUUGCAAUAUUUCGAUGCUAUUAAAAUCUUUCAAUGCUACUACAAAAUUCCGAUGCUACUUCCAUCUAUUGAUGCUACUACAAUCUUUCAAUGCUACUACAACCUCCCGAUGCUAUUAAAAUCUUUCAAUGCUACUUCCAACUUUCGGUGUUACUACAAUAUUUUGACGCUACUGCCAACUUGCCGUGCUACUACAACCUUCCGAUGCUACUACAACCUACAAUAUCCCGUUUAUCUGGUCGUUCUACCUCCCAGUUUAUUUACGGCAAUGGCCCUCGCUGGGCCCGGGUCCUGCACAGCGCCGCACGACCCAGGCCGCAUCCGAUGCCGCGCGCCACGUGACCCGGGCAUUGGUGGCCAUAUCUGUUCCUCCCAUACUACUUCGUCUCGCAGGAUAUCGCCCACAACACUCACUGCAAUGGACGAGCGUCGCAGCGAACGAAGAGGCCUUUUACCGCAGAGCCUGGGCGCGUCUACCCGGCAGCAGCUUCUCCGCCGGAGACCAGGCAGCCAGCGGGCGCCCCCUCCGGUGGAGGCGCCGGAGGAAACCGUCGUGACCCAGUGCAACCGGUGUGGCAAGGACUUUGUGCAGAAAAAGGCGCGUGACCAGAAGUCCGCCCGCGGGAAAGUGGGCCGGGUGCCCCGGCUCUACAAGUUGUGCGAGCACUGCCGCGAAAUGGGCAAGGGCCGGUCUCGGCGAUGGCAGAUGCGGACCAAGGAGCACGGGGGCUUGUGCCGGCGGUGUGGCGCCAUGCUUGCGGGCAGUGACGAGCCGUAUGUGUUGUGCACGAAGUGCCGCCAGGCGUUUCGCGACCGCAAGGUGCGGCGGGCCACGGAGGGCAAGUGUGUACAAUGCUGUGAGCCGAUGGGCUACGCGGGGGCCGCGCUGGAGGAAGAGGGGGAGCGGUAUUGGGAGGGGGAGGGAGAGGAGGGUGAGGGAGAGGAGGGAGAGAGAGAGGAGGGAGAGAGAGAGGAGGGAGAGAGAGAGGAGGGAGAGAGAGAAAAAGGAGGGAAAGCGGGGGCGACGGACGGCGUGGGGGCGACACAAGCAGGCGCCCCAGCCAGGGUCGUCAAGGCCCGGUGCCGCAAGUGCCGCGAGUCGCGGCAGCAGCAGCGGCCCACGCGGCCGUUCACCUCGGACUUCAUCCAGGGCUUGUACAAGUAGGGCGCGUGCAUUGGCGGCGGCCGCGGCGCCACGGCCGCCCGUGCUAUGGACAGGAAACGCUAGGGCCCGAACGCAAAGCUGAGCGUCUCGCCGGCACUGGUGUGGCUGAGGCCGUCGGCCACAAAGCCCGCCUCGCUGCUGGCGCCGAAGAGAUGCUCCACCGUGCGGCUGGCGCCCGCCAGGUCCGCGUAC